AUGAAAGGUGCGGUUCUUGUUGCAAUUGCUGCUUCCAUCGGGAAUUUUCUUCAGGGUUGGGAUAAUGCUACCAUUGCUGGUUCGAUUCUUUACAUUAAGAAAGACCUUGCUAUGCAAACAACUAUGGAAGGGCUUGUGGUGGCCAUGUCGCUAAUUGGAGCUACUGUCAUUACGACUUGCUCUGGUCCCAUCUCAGAUUGGUUUGGUCGGAGACCAAUGUUGAUAAUCUCAUCUGUGCUGUAUUUCUUGGGUAGUUUGGUGAUGUUAUGGUCUCCUAAUGUUUAUGUGUUGUGCUUAGCAAGGCUGCUUGAUGGAUUUGGUAUUGGCCUUGCCGUAACUCUUGUUCCGGUUUAUAUAUCGGAGACUGCUCCCUCCGAUAUAAGGGGGUCGUUGAAUACACUUCCCCAGUUUAGUGGUUCUGGAGGAAUGUUUUUAUCAUAUUGUAUGGUUUUUGUGAUGUCAUUGAGUGCCUCGCCUAGCUGGAGAGUAAUGCUCGGGGUUCUCGCUAUUCCUUCUCUCUUCUUUUUUAUAUUGACAUUAUUCUUCUUGCCCGAGUCUCCUCGAUGGCUCGUGAGUAAAGGAAAGAUGCUAGAAGCUAAAAAGGUUCUCCAACGAUUACGUGGCCAGGAAGAUGUGUCAGGCGAGAUGGCAUUGCUGGUUGAAGGUCUCGGGAUUGGAUGUGAUGCAUCUAUAGAAGAGUACAUACUCAUGAUAUUUUGCAAACCAAAGAAAUUGUAA